AUGGUUUUCGCGUGGAAAUCCGCUGGUCUGACCUACAACCGCUACCUGGCCGUCGCUUCUCGCGCGGUCCGCCGGUCUCUCAAGGACGGCCCCCGUCUCGCUGCUGAGCGCCGUGGAAACAUGGAACUUCGUUUCGCCAAGUGGGAGAACGGCAAGCAGGGUGAAGUUAAGAACCUUGCCGAGGUCAACAACCAGGCGAUCGCUUCCCAGGCCGAGUCGAAAUAG